AUGCGGCAACGUGAAGAACAUCCACAACGUCCCCAACGCGUUCGGCGGACGUCGAUACAUCGUGGCGAGCCUUGGAGAAGUGGAAGGGAGGCGGGGAGGGAAGGAAGUCGAUCAAACGACGAAGCCUGCAACGUCGACCGCCAACGAGAAGCGAGUCUCGGGAGAACCAUGUCGUGCCCCGAUAGCGAUUAG